CGAGAGACCAAGAGACCUCUUUACUCAUGGCUGAAGGGAAGGCAGGAGUUCUCUGGGGCUUCUCUGGGCCACUUUAAAGUCUGUCACCAAGAAAGGAAUGAGCGCAUGAAUGAGGAAAUCGUGACUGAGAGUCCUGAGAAGCAUGGGAGGAAGGAAGAUGGCAAGAGACGAGGAAAGCGCCUACGGCUUGGAGGAGGAUUCACAGGCCCCAAAGGGGCCCCCAUUGAGGCUCAUCCUGGUAGGUAGGACCGGGACCGGCAAGAGUGCCACUGGUAACACCAUCCUGGGCCGGACGUGCUUCGAAUCCAAGCUGCAGGCUGUGCCUGUUACCAGAUCCUGCUCCUGGGCCAACAGAAAAUGGGCCGGCUGGUAUGUAGAGGUGGUGGACACCCCGGAUGUCUUCAGCUCUGAGGUCAAACAGACCGACCCUGCUUGCUUGGAGACAGCCUGCUGCUUCCUACAGACAUCGCCCGGGCCUCACGCGCUGCUGGUGGUCACCCAGCUGGGUCGCUUCACCACUCAGGACAGCCAGGUGCUGGCCAGGGUGAAGCGGGUGUUCGGGGAGCAGGUGAUGACGCGGACUGUGGUGGUGUUCACUCGCAAGGAGGACCUGGCAGGAGAGUCUCUGCAGGAUUACCUGCGAUGCACAGAUAAUCGCGCACUGCGGGAGCUGGUGGCCCAGUGCGGGGGCCGCGUGUGCGCCCUAAACAACCGAACCACUGCCCGCGAGCGCGAGGCACAAGCUGAGGAGCUGCUGGGCCUGGUCGCUGGUCUGGUGAGGGAGCACGGGGGCGCGUACUACUCCAAUGAAGUGUAUGAUCUGGUGAGGACCCUGCGGGGCUCUAACCCCGAGGACCAAGUCAGCAAGGUGGCAGAGAUGGUGGCAAGACGCAUGCAGAGGCCCCUGCGCACCAGGCUGCUAACUGGGCUGUGGGACUGGCAGAAAUCUUACAGAAAGAGCUGGAGACGGGGCGUGGCCUUCCUGGGUGUGGCCUUCCUGAUCUACCUGCUGGUCUACAGAAAGGCGCCUCAGGCCAUUGGGGACCAGAACAGCAGAUAAUGCUGAUCUUAGAAAAUGUUUUAACUGUGAAGAAAAUCUUUUUAAAAGGAAUACUUAGAUCUCUGCUGAGAGCUCGCAGUACUGGGGGAAACAUGGUAUCAGCUUUGCAAAGGCU